AUGGAGGCGGAGAAUAUGGAAUUGAAGCUCUACAACACGAUGACGCAGCAGAAGGAAGUUCUGAUUCCAAUCAAUCCCGGCAAAAUCGGAUUGUAUGUCUGUGGUAUCACCGCUUACGAUUUCAGCCAUAUCGGCCAUGCUCGCGCCGCCGUUUCCUUCGAUGUCCUCUACAGAUACUUACUUCACUUGGGUUAUGAAGUUAAUUUUGUUCGGAAUUUCACAGAUGUUGAUGAUAAGAUAAUCAAACGUGCUAAUGAGAACAAAGAGGAUCCAUUCGAAUUGAGCAAACGCUUUUGCAAGGAGUAUCUGGUGGAUAUGGAGGCUCUUCAGUGUCUCGAACCGACCCACCAGCCUCUUGUCAGCGAGCAUAUGGAUCACAUCAUAGAGAUGAUAAAAAAGAUCAUUGAGAACAAGUGUGGGUAUGAAGCGGGAGGCGAUGUGUUCUUUUCAGUGGAGAAAUCACCGAAUUACGGUAAACUAUCUGGGCAGAAGUUGGAGCAUACACGAGCUGGUGAGCGUGUGGCUGUUGAUUCAAGAAAGCUUAACCCUGCUGAUUUUGCAUUGUGGAAGGCUGCGAAACCAGAUGAGCCAAGUUGGGAAAGCCCUUGGGGUCCGGGAAGGCCAGGAUGGCACAUUGAGUGCAGUGCAAUGAGUGCUCAUUAUCUGUCUCCGAAGUUUGACAUUCACGGUGGUGGUGCGGAUCUGAUCUUCCCUCAUCAUGAAAACGAGAUUGCUCAGACUUGUGCUGCGUGUGAGGAUGGUGGUGUGAAUUACUGGCUUCAUAAUGGGCAUGUCACUAUCAAUAACGAGAAGAUGGCAAAAACGUUGCGUAACUUUAAAACCAUUAGAGAAAUCACAGAAAGGUACCAUCCAUUGGCUCUGAGGCACUUCUUGAUGAGUGCACAUUACCGGUCUCCUCUGAGUUUCUCGGAGUCGCAGCUAGACAGUUCCUCUGAAGCUUUGUAUUAUGUUUAUCAGACAUUGCAAGAUCUUGAGGAAGGUCUCUUGCCGUAUCGAGAAGCAAUGGAUGAAGACGGUGGAAAAGCUGAACAGACUGCAGAAGCCAAGGAGGUCAUCAACAAGCUGAAAACUGAGUUUGAAGCAAAGAUGUUAGACGAUUUGAACACCGCACAUAUCCUUACUGGUGCUUACCAAGAUGCAUUGAAAUUCAUCAACGCUUCGCUCGGCAAGCUCAAGAAAAUGCAGAAGAAACAGAGGAUGUCGCUGCUUGUGUCACUCGUUGAGAUUGAGAAAGCAGCGAGGGAAGUUCUCGAAGUACUUGGUCUGCUCACUACCCUGAGCUACGCAGAGAUCUUGAAAGAGAUGAAACAGAGAACACUGACAAGAGCAGAGCUGACCGAAGAAGCUAUCUUGCAGAAGAUUGAAGAAAGGAUAGCGGCGAGGAAGAACAAGGAAUUUGAGAAAAGUGAUCAGAUUAGAGCAGAGUUGACAGUGAAAGGUAUAGCAUUAAUGGAUAUUGGCAAAGAGACUGUGUGGAGGCCAUGCUUCCCUUCUCAAGCUAAUUCCAGCAAUUGA